UGAGUCAUUAGAUUGAGUCAAUAGGUUUGUCAGUCAGGGAUCAGAGUCUACGUGGUGAGGAGUGGAAUCAUCCGGAUUGUGCACCUAUCACCAUGGUUGAGACCCGUACUGGGCUAGAGACUAACCCCUAUAGCAAGGAGCAGCAAGAAAAGAUGGCCGCCUUAGUCAGAGAGAACAAAGAGAGAAAAGAGCGCGAGAAGCAGGCGAAGCUAAAGGCUAUCGCAAAUGAGCAGGCGGCAAAGAUGAAGAGGUUGGAGGAGGAGAUGAAGAGGGUACAACAGGAGGAGGAAGAAAGAAGGAAGGCUGCUGAAGCAGAAGCGGCAGCAGAAGAAGAGAAAGAGAGAAUGAGAAUUGAGAGUGGAGAAGGGAGCAGUGGUGGCACGAUGAAGUGGGAGACAAACACUGAGCUAGAGAAGAAGAUCAACGAGUGGGUCGCUUAUUUAUCGUUGGGGGAAGACGAGGAGGCGGAGUCCUAUGUGACUAAGGAUGAGAAGGCUGCGCUGGCCGCUGAGCUAGCAGCCAUGACAGACCCAAUGGAACGAAGAGAGAGGGAAGACGAGCAAAAGUUAGCAUGGAAGUUGAGAAUGAAGAGGGAGAAGAAGAGGAGGAGAGAGGAAGUGAAUAAGAUGACCGCAGCAGUGGCAAGGGUGCAGGAGUGUAGAGCGGAGGUGUUGGCCCAGCCAGAUGAUAAGGCCAAGUGGGACAAGGUACUGGGCUAUCUAGAGGUGUUGAGCAAGGCCUGGAUGGAAGAGCGUCAGGCAAGUUGGAGCCAAGAUGUAGCCUUGAGUGCCAUGCGGUCAGGGUUUAGAGACUUUGCGCGCGAGAUCGUCACCCAUAUUGGGGGCGAAGUCAAACAGUUGAGAGACAAUGUCGGGAAGUUCUGUGAGGGCGCCAUUCAGGGUGCCAAAGCUGUAGCCGCCGCAGAGGGAGAGGCCAGGCCCCGUAAGGACCCAGUGAAGCUUAAGUUUCCGGAUGCAUACGGGGGAAAGAAGGAAGAAAACUUUGAAAAUUGGGAAGCCAGUGCCAAUAGUUAUAUUUACUUGCAGCAUAUCUUGGCCGAGGAACAAGUCCUUGUGGCCUUCCAGGCCCUCAAAGAUGAAGCGGCUAGCUUCGCCAGGUCUCUUGCGCGUACAACCGGUUGUGAAAACAACCUGGUUGCGUAUUCCAAAGUCACUCCUCUCUCCCAAUUCCUCAAGCUCCUCAAGGAGCGGUUCGCUGACCCAACGCGAGGCAUUGGAGCCUUUGAUAAGCUCCAAACGAUUCACUUUCGGCAGUGGAGGAGUGCCAAGGCACUCAAGGGUACUAUGGACGACUUGGUAGCCCCAGCAAAAGAUGCCAUGGGUGCCGUCUUAGAACCUGAGUCUUCUAGUCGGCGCGCAGCAGAAGUUCAUGAUAACACCCAAACAAGGGCCGAGGGAGAUGGCGGAAAGCCGACCAAGAACAGAUACCAUGGCCGACCGGUGGGAGUGGCUGUUGAGGAGAAGAAGGUGACCUCUGCCCAGCAGCACCAGAGCCGAUCUCCUGGUGUCCCGAGCGAGAAACGACAAGAUGCCAUGGCUGGGGAGCAAAGGACGGUGGCCACGUGGCGGCUCGCCGCCGCUGCGAGUCACUUUGUGGUCCCAGGAGGGGAGCGGGGGGGGGGAGGUAGACCGGUGCGCGCUGGGAGAGAAGGGAGAGAAGGGAGAGAGAAUGCCGGUGGGCAUCAAGUCGUCGCUCGUCGUCAUCAAGGAUCGGGAUUGACUAUGGUGGACAGCAGGGCGCUGGCCUCCCCGUCCGCGGUAACGAGAUUACCUCCGUCUCCUCCUCCUCCUCUGCCUGCCAAGCUGAGGCAUAUGCAGAGGAGUCGGUAUCGCGACGAGAAGCAAUGGAAGGGUAGAGGAGGGGGGGAGAAGGGGGGGGGCGGCGGCCGGCAGUCUUCUUCAUAUGGGCAGGCUAGGGAAAGGGAGGUGGAGGGAAGAAAAGUGGGGGGGGGAGGAGACAAGAAGGAGACGGGGAAGGAGAAGGAGAAGGAGGGGAAAGAGGAGGAGAAGGAGAAGAAGGAGAAGGAGGAGGAGGGGGGGGGGAAGGAGGAGGAGAUCAGAUCCGAUGGACUUAGCUUGCACGGGCAUAUGGUAGACAGGAAAGGGAUAGAUGGGAGAAGAAGAAGAGGGGGAGGGGGAGAGAAGAGAGAGAGGGAGAGGGAGAGAGGGAGGGACACAGCGAGUGUUCAGAUCGGUGCAACUGCAACUGCCCCCCCCCAAGCUGGAGUGUUGGGAGAGGGAGGUGGUGGGUUUAGUGCAGCUGCAGAUGGUACUUGGGAUAGCCAGCUGCAACAACUUUGGAGGACGGAAGUCGAAUCCAAUCCCCGCGUCUCUGCAGCGCGCCGUCGCAGAGGAGAAGAGAUCAAGAAGAAGCAGAGGAGAGCGAGAGGAAAGAGGUCCCUUUCUAAAUCUGGUAAUAUUUCCGUUUCCAGCCCUCAAGCCACUGAGGAGGAUGACGUGGACAUGCACAAGCACAAGCUUCCCCCCGCCCCCCCAUCCGAUGGGCAGUCCCGACAGGAGACCGAAGAAGAUAAGGUCGCCAUCGCGAUCGCGAUGACACGUGUUGUCAGUGGUGAUGACGUGGCAGUGGGAAAAGUCGGCAGAGGUCAGACAUCGUCCCAACGGCUUGGCAAACGGAAAGCACAAGUAUUUACGACGACGGAGGAGAACGCGAGAGAGAGAGAGAAAGGGAGAGGGAGAGAGAAGGAGGGAGAGAAAGUAAAUGACACGCAGCGACGGCAGGAGGAGGAGGAGCUUUCCCCAAGUGAUUGGGACUGUAGCACUGACCUGCAGUCACCCAACUUGCGUCCCGAUCAGACACAGCUGCAAACGGAAAAGCCUAACGGUCAAGAUAACGGAUUAACAACAGGGAUCGGCCACCAGGAAGGAGGAGAUCGAGGUAGAGAAGAAGGGGAGAGAGAGGCCAUCAGGAAGGAGCAGAUAGCUGGGAGCGCGACCGUUGAUCCCGCCGACGAUCGUGCUGUCCUCGUUGGUGGCAGUGACAGCGAAGCUGUGGUGUCAAAUGAUUACGUCGUAGCUGCGCGUACAGUGUCAUUUGCAUCACCUGAAUCUUCACGCGAAGUUUCAUUUCCACGUACUGCUUCAUUUGCUCGUACGGUUUCAUUCGCCCCAUCACCUGAAUCUUCACCUGUAGCUUCACCUGUAGCUUCACCUGCAACGGAACUUGCACUGCCACGUGUCAGUGCGGACAUUGAAGCUGACGGUAAAAAGGAUAAGAGGACUAACAAGGAGGACAGGAGAAGGCCGUCUAGGCGGCGGCGGCGUGGCCACUCCUUUCCAGCCGACCGGUCGGGCACAUCAAGAGAAGGUCGCCCAUGGGAGCCCAGUGAGGAAGAUGAGAAACAGGACGACCAGCCAAUCGAUCCUCGGAGUGAUGAUUCCAGUGCGAUGAAGUCCCCAAGGCCACUCUCUCGGGGACAUUCCACGAAGACAUCCAAAUCCAAACCAAGGUGGAGUGCAACAGGUGUACUUUCCCCCCCUGGAGUCGACUCUAUCACAGAAUCUGAUAUUGGAAACUUCUCCGCAUGUACAAUUCUCAACAUGAAACUUCAUCGCUCUUUCACCGCCGCGUUUCGGCCAAGCUGCGCCCCUGACACUCCUCAGGUGGCCAGGUGGCUUCUACCAAUAUCGGAUCGUGGCACCACCUCACUUCCCGACCACCUCUGUCUGAAAGAAGAAGAAGAAAGGUAAAAGAAGAAGGAAGAAAGAAGAAGAAGAAGGAAGAAGAAGAAAGAAAGACGAAGACGAAACAAAGAAGAAAGAUGAAGAAACAGGAACUGAACUAACGACGCCAAUCGCUAAGCGUUCAUGCUCAAAGAUAAGCAAUCAACAUUGCUUCCGCACGAAAAUAAUCUUGCUCAAAGAAGAAAGCCGACGAAGAAAGAUGAAAAAUCUUCAAAAAAGAAACAUUGGGGGGGAAUAAAGAGCGGGAAGCGAA